AGUAGUAAUUUAAGCUUCUAUUUACAGCCACAAGCGCUUUAGGAAUAUGAAAAAUAACUAAUUUUUGAUGAAAGUGUCGAUAAAUUUAUUCAUCUUUCAUAUAAUGUGCAAAAUGUUUUCAAGCAACUCCGUAUUACAGAGAAUAUAGUUUAUAACGAAUGAUUUGAAAAAAUAUAUCUUCGAUUCGAAUUAACUACUAAUUUAUUUUCGACUUUGAGAAUAGCCCUGUAGAAUUCCAAUAACAAACUAACAUAACCUAAAAACCAUAUGUAUUGAAGAAUCACAUCGGAAAGUCAACAUUAUGUAGAUUUCUUAAAUAACUGGAAUUAUUUCAAAAAUGGAAAACGUACCUAAAGCAUCCAGUACUCCAAAAAUCAUAAAAGGGAGACCAAGUAUCAGAACUAUGAAAUUAGUUCAAAGCCCAAUUGAAAAUAGAUUAGAAGAACGUUCAAAUUCUGAACAGGACUUAUCCUCCUUCUCUUCUUCAGAGGGCGACGAUCUUAGUCACGAAAAUGAUUUACAAGGAAUAUUAGGAGCAAAUGAGUUGAAAAGAAGGAGAACUGUAUUGAAGGAAUUGGAAGAUAGGUACAAAUCUGUGUCACAUAAAGUGAAGCAAGAAAAGAAACAAAUUAAUGAAGAAAAAUUUUCUAUUUACGUAUACUUGGGCAUAUUCUCUAUUUGUGCAUUACUUUUGGGUUUUUUAUAUCUUGUGCCCAGAGGAGACACAGUAAAUGGUCAGAUAACAUUUGAAAAUUUAGAAAACGAAUUUUUUUCUCAACAAAAAGAUUUUUGGUUAAGCGUUAAGGUCGCAAUUAAUGACAUUAUUGAAUUAAACCAACCAAAAUCUGUAAUAUUCCUGUAUAAAGAUGUGAACACUAUAACGAAUCUACUCAAAAAAGUAUCAGAAUAUGCUUCACUACGAAUUUGUAAUUCCAAUAAACCCCUAAAUAUAUCUGGUAAUUAUUUAAGAAGAAAAGAAAUCCUUGAGGAUUAUGGUAAAUUUAUAGUCGAGGUGCGAAGUAAAUUGAAAACGAAAUGUGUAGUGAUAAUCAACAACUUGGAUGAAGUACCUGGUACUUCAGCCCAAGCGUUUCACAGUUUAUGUGAUGAGUACAACCCAGUGGAAGAAAAAGUUUUGUUUUUGUUCACAUUAAAAGUGGACGAAUUUCCAAAAAAUAAUUAUAAAUUUGUUGAACAAAAACUGAAGGAACUUUGGAGUGAUUUACACGGUGAUAAAUUUUAUCCUUUGUAUACUAGAAUAUCUAUAUUCAUAUUACCAGUGAUGUCAGAAAAUUAAAAAUAUUGUUUAGAG